AUGGCUCGAACAUUCAUCUUGUGGCUUCACGGAUUGGGAGAUUCUGGACCUCCAAACGAACCCAUCAAAAAAGUCUUCAAAUCAUCGGAGUUGAAGAACACUAGGUGGCUCUUCCCUACUGCUCCAUACAAUCCAGUUUCCUGCAACAAUGGUCGCGUGAUGCCUUCUUGGUUUGAUGUCCCUGAACUUCCUUUUAGAGUGGGCUCUCCGAUUGAUGAAAGCAGCGUGCUUGAAGCAGUUAAGAACGUGCAUGCCAUUGUAGACCAGGAGAUUGCACAAGGAACAAAUCCAGAAAACGUCUUUAUCUGUGGAUUAAGCCAAGGAGGUGCCUUAACCUUGGCUAGUGUUCUUCUUUACCCAAAAACUCUUGGAGGAGGAGCAGUCCUUAGCGGGUGGGUUCCACUGAGUUCUUCGAUCAUAAGUCGGGUUCCCAAAGAAGCUAAGAAGACACCAAUCUUGUGGUCUCAUGGUACUGAUGAUGAGCUUGUGCUCUUCGAAGCUGGUCAAGCUGCUCUUCCUUUUCUCGAAGAAGCGGGCGUAACUUGUGAAUUCAAGUCAUAUCCGGGUCUCGGGCACUCAAUCAGCAAUAAGGAGCUGCAAUAUCUAGAGUCAUGGAUCAAGCGACGGUUGCAGAGUUCUUCGUCUACUUUUCUUCAUCUUAAUUGUUUUAAAUCAAUCUUCCACUCAAGGUAA